AUGUAUCACUUCGGACAGUGGAACAAGACAGCCACAAUUCUGGAUCCUCGCCUGCCCACAGGUCUCUGUAAUCCCGGCGAAUUUACUGGCAAAGACAACUCCAUUUUCUGCGUGACUCCAGCCGAAUGGCAUCACUCAGACAUCACCUAUGGAGGCGAAACUGCAGGUGCAGCAGGAACGACAGCCAAAGCCAGAAUCGUCGCUUGUCUCCAGAGGUUCACCCAGCGAAGUGCUCAAACUGGCAAAGAACUCCAUCGAAGUACAUAUGUCCAACAUACUAAGAUUGCUCGAUGGAGGAGUUCGGAGAAACGAGAAGACGCAGCAUCUGGUCCAGGUGCAGCUCCAUUGGACGAUCAUAUGUCAGGCCAGUCAGAUGCCCUUUCUUCACCGGAAAAUAUGCUUAGGACAGUUCCAAACGUCAGUGAUGUAUGGAAACAGUGCGCUCGAUCUCCAUUGGGUGGUGAUGAGAGCGGCUUGGUAAUUUCUCCAUCCUCCCUUAGUCUCUGUCCUUACAAUCGUCUCCAAAUCCUUCAAUCCCUCUGUCCAGCCGCUGCUACCGCUAUCAUGAUUCUGGGUGGACAGAUGCCAGAAAUGCGCAGUGAAAACUGCCCCAACCAAUCCCCUUGCUAUCGUGCUUCCACCGUUACCGCUGAAGCUUGGUGUCCGCGGACCCUGAUGACUUCGGAGGGUAUUGAAGAUCUCCUACUUUUUUCGAUGCCCGAUGGUCUUGACGUCGACUCCUCAUCCUCAAAGCAAAAUUGCCUCCUUCGGGGUGGAACUCUGGAUGGCCUCCUGGUAUACGCCCUGAAAAUCUUUCGCAAAAGCACUCCAGAUACUUACGAGAGCCUAAUUUCAAACAUCUUCAUACAACUCUACCCCACAUUCACCAUUCCAAUGGAAGUUGUUAAUAGACUCAUACAGCGCUAUCUGGCUUUCGUUCCUAUCGAGCCUGGUGGUUUAGGAUGCAUUGAAGUGAGCGAAAAGGAGAUGGACUUUGAUGUUCAAUGGAGUGAGGCUUUGAACAUAUUGCAAUUUCUUCACACACUGCUUACUCGAACAGAAAGACGACUGUAUGACUGCAAGCUAGAGACAAAGAUAAUCAGAUUUGCUCAGCUGCUAAAGGUAGACGCUCGAAUUGCUGAACAGAAGUCUUCCGGUCGAAAUGUCUGCGUUAUUGACGAGAGUGAAGAUGAAAAUUUGGUCUGCUUUCACACUGAUCCUAAUGAUUCCAAAUUAAACUACCUGAAUCCAAUUGCAGCUGAGCUGAAUAGGAUAAGUGAAUGUCUAAUAGAUCUCUUACCCCUCGGAGGCCUAAAAGGAGGCAUAUUGGAGCAACCAACUGAUAAAAAUCAUGAGAAAGCAAUCGAGUCAACUAAAGAAAAUUCAAAAUAUUGUACAUGCCAAAAAAGACUGAAUCGAUUUUUACUGUAUGGCGUUAAGGAGCUCGCAGAACAGAUUACCGCUAUGGAGGAAGUCUUUUUCGAUAGCAUUAAGAUUUACGAAUUGAUCAACAUUAAAGACUUGGAGAAGGGCAACACCCCAACCCUUUCUCGUUGUGUUCAGCAUUUUAACGACUUGAAUUCUAUGGUGAGGUGUCUGAUUCGCAUGGCAAAGGAGUUGGGCCAACCGCUACCUAAGUGUCAACCGAUGAAACCGGAAGAUAAUAAUCCAGAGGAUAAACAGAUCGGACUAGUUCAAAAGUGUUCCCUUUGUGGACUUGAGAAGGAAUCGCUGGCACCGAAUAGCCCGGUGAAAGAGAGCCAGCCAAAAGUCUCAGGAAAUACAACAAGUCCUAGGAGGAAUAGCUUGAAAAGUUACCUCUGCAUGUCACCAAUAACACAGAACUCAUCAAUGAGUGUAAGGAAAAGGAAUUUCAUACUUGAGAAGACACUGUCCCAUCUUUGUGACUUGGCUGAGGUAAUUUGA